AUGGAGAAGAAUAGUAAGGGAAAGUUUAGAUCGGUGAGACGAAAGAAGAGACGUGGUUUUUCCGGCAAAAGACCGCAAGAGAUCACUGAUAAUUCGAGCAAUGGCGCCGUGGUCAAUAAUGACAGUCGUGAUUGUUUGGCCACCGUUAGCGAUGAUCCUGUGGCGAAUUGUGCACAAAAAUGCGAAAGUAUUACCAGUAAAAAGCUUCUGAACACUUCUUUCAAACAACUGGAAGGAAAUGACAAGAUUUUAACUCGCCAACAAGCAAAAAAAGUUGGAAUUCUAUCGCCAUCUGACGUUGAAAUUGCUGGUGGUUUCAAACUACAAGAUGCAGUUCUAUUGAGUACCUGUAUAUCAAAAGCAGCAAUAUGUAGUUCCUGCCGUAAAUCAGCAUCUAAACUGGAACUCUAUCAGAAAAAUAAUGAAAGAGAAGGUUUAUGUGAGCAACUAUUGUUGAAAUGCUCUCAUUGUAAGGUUGAAACUCCAUUGGCAACCAGCAACCGUUUGGGUGGAAAAGGUGGUGGGUCCCAUGAAGUCAACCGAAGAUCGGUCCUAGCUUCUCACCAAUUCGGCCAUGCAGGCUUGGCACAGUUUUGUGGCAGCAUGAACUUGCCUCCUCCUGUCACCCAAAAAGCGUACAAUGAGCAUCUUAUCAAAAUUGAGAAGGCAGCUUCAAGCCAUGCAGAGCAAGUCAUGAAAGAUGCUUCAGAACGGUUGAGGAAAAAGAUAUCAGCUGAGCAACCUGACAAUAUCGAAAGUGGUGAGAUAGAUAUCGCCCAUGUCGCAGUCACUGUUGAUGGCACAUGGCAAAAAAGAGGACACUCUUCCAAAAUAGGAGUCGUCUUUGUGAUAUCAGUGGACACUGGGGAGAUACUUGACUAUGAAGUCAAGUCUCUCUUCUGCCAUGAGUGCAAGGCACACAAUAACGAUGACAAAGAAAGUGAUAAAUAUAAACAAUGGAAGGACGCUCAUACACAAAGAUGUGAGAUUAACCAUGAGGGUUCAUCUGAAGAAAUGGAAGCUGUAGCAGCAGUUCAAAUAUUUAGCCGAAGCAUUGAGACACGAAAGCUGAAGUACACGACUUUUGUUGGGGAUGGUGAUAGCAGUAGCUUUGGAUGCGUAAAGGAAGCAUUGGAAGAAAAAUUUGGCUCAGCUUAUCAGAUCAAAAAAGAGGAAUGUGUAGGGCAUGUCCAGAAAAGGUUGGGAACAGCUCUAAAGAAGUAUAAGAAUGACAAUAAAGGAAAGAAACUUUCGGAUGGCAAGAGUGUUGGAGGGAAAGGACGACUGACAGAUACAAUGAUUGAUCGGAUGCAAAACUUUUAUGGACAAGCGAUAAGAGAGAACAAAGGCAAUCUAGAAGGUAUGAAAACAAGAAUAAAAGCAAUACAUCACCACAUGAUAAAAGAUGACACUUUAUCUUUACGUAAACAACACCAGCACUGCCCUAAGUCUAGUGAUACAUGGUGCAAAUACUGGAAGGACCAAAAUGAGAAAACUUCAUUAUACAAUGAAGAUAAUCGGUUGCCUCAAGUCUUCAAAAAAGAGCUUGAACCAAUAUUUGCCAGAUUAUCAAAUCAUGACCUUCUUACCAGAUGCUUGAAGGGAAUGACCCAAAACCAAAACGAGGCUGCUCAUGGAGUUCUUUGGUCUAAAUGUCCUAAGACUAAAUUUUGUGGUGCUCGAAGGGUCCGCAUCGCUGCUUGCGAAACAGUGGCAGUGUUUAACACUGGUGCUGCCAGCAAAGCAGUGAUAAUGACUUUGUGUGGAAUUACUCCUGGCCAAAACUCUAUGAGGGCUCUUCGACUGCAAGAUAGAGUUAGAAUUCAAAGCGCUGCAAAGAAAAUGACCUCGAAAUACAAAAACCAGAGGAGGAAACUGCGUGCAUUGCAAAAGUCGAAAGGUGACAAGAAUGCCUACCAACCUGGGGGCUUUAGCCUUAGCUCCCAACCUGAUAUUAAGCAAAAUAAAAAGAAAAGAAAGAGAACUGCCGAAAAAAGUGAUGAACCUCAGAUUACCUUUGGCUUUGUCAUGCCGACAAUGGAGGUAGUUGGUAAGAAGAAAUGUUAG